AGCAUUUUUAUGUUGUUUACAAUAACGCUCGCAGCCGCUAGUUCUUGUGCUCGUGCUGUGCUUGUGCUUAACAAACGCUUUAUUUUCAUGGUGAAUUGGCCAAGGCAGUAUUUGUGAAACUUUUAAUAAAAUUUCUCACCAUGGGAACCAAAAGAAAGAAUAUGGAAGAUGAAAUGUCCAGAUUUGAAGCAGAGAUAUCCAGUGCUACGGUGUCGUACAGUGCGCCGCCAACAGGUCCAGCUGCUGCUGGCAAUCCGUUCAUACCAUCACAGGUACGGACGGUCAUCGGAUCCCAAACGUACAGCCAAGUACAGCAGAAAUUGGCGCAAGUUCCGCCUAGGUUACCACCGCCGCCAAUGCCUCCCUUUAUGCCUACGUACAGUGCUCAACCGCAACCAUUGUUGCCACCCAAAUCUUACUCUACGGAACCGACGCCGGUGAUUGUUAGCAGUGCGCCGAAGUUGUACACUGCACGACCGACUGUUGGGAUUGCUUCGAAAUCAGAAUCAUCUUCUGGACCUUCAACUAGCUCAGCACCGGCUGUCCAGUCGUACGAUAUCGCAAAUAUUCAAUACGAAAUGACCACCAAGAUGAAGAAACCCAAAACGGAAAAGUCCGGUCCAAAUCCAAUAGCUGAGGAAGCUAUCAAAGCAGCCCGCGCUUCAUCAGCGCUGCAGUCCUUCGGCAACAGUGAACGACGUGGGAAAAAGGAUAAAAAACAAUUGGUUCGAGUUGCCGGCGGCCAAACUUGGGAGGACAUGUCGCUAGCAGACUGGCCGGAGGAUGAUUUCCGUAUCUUCUGCGGCGAUCUCGGGAAUGACGUGAACGACGAAUUGUUGACGCGCACCUUUAACAAGUAUCCAUCAUUUCAACGUGCCAAAGUGAUACGCGAUAAACGUACGAGCAAGAGCAAAGGCUACGGAUUUGUUAGCUUCAAGGAUCCGCAGGAUUUCAUACGAGCUAUGAAGGAAAUGGACGGACGCUACGUGGGUAGUAGACCAAUCAAGCUACGCAAAAGCACGUGGAAAAAUCGCAGCAUCGAUGUGGUACGUAAGAAGGAGAAGGAAAAACAAGCGCUGCUCAGCCUCUUCAAUCAGAGUUAGUACGACGUGGAAGCAUCGCCAAGGAGGAGCCAUGUGCAUGUCAAUUUCGGCACACCACAUUCUGUUAAGCUGAUCUUUCUUCAUUUGGAACCGUGGAAAUAUAGUUUGCAAUUGUAAAAAAGUGUUUAUGAGAAAUAUUAAAAGACAGACACCAUA